GUGGGAAGAAACUCAAAGCAAAAGGUGUCUCCGCAGCAAUGAAGGCACUGCAUAUUUGACAUAGGCGAGACGCUGUUUUCAACGGAUUGGAUGCUUUUAGAACCAGAGGUUGGCAUGAUGGUGGCACUUGCAUCUUUUGUGCCGUAUCCUCUCAUUCUCGUAGGAUUCGGUAUCAGCAGUUUUGCAUCAUGUUUUCAACUUCCAGCCCCAAAUGCUUUUCUUGGCCACUCCCUGUUGCGUUCCCCAUCCUCUGAAGGGUCCCACUCUGUCUCGCCUGCCACUGUCCGCGGCAAACAUGUUCCACUAGUUAUCAAUGACAACUAUAGAGCCCCUUCGACGCGGCAAGGUUCCCCGUCAACCUUGAUGGCACGCAAAGCGAAGAGGCUCAUUUUGGCCGAUGAAUGCCGAAAUCAGCUCCUUGAAGGUAUCGAAGCUGUGGCUGGAGCAGUUAGGGUUACAUUGGGACCCCGGGGGCGUAACGUCUUACUGGAGAAAGAAUAUGGACCGCCAAUGAUAGUCAACGAUGGUGUCACCAUCGCAAGAAAUAUUGAGCUGAAGAGUCGCGCUCACAACGCCGGUGCAAAGUUAGUGCAGGAGGUUGCAUCGACUUCGGAUGAGUGGGCAGGAGACGGCACAUCCUCCACAACUAUUCUCACAGCUGAAAUAGCACGCCAGGGUGUGGAUCACGUCAACAAAGGUCACAAUCCAAUUCCCUUGCAACGCGGCAUUCAAAGAGCUGCGAAAGUGAUGAUGGAGGAGGUCAAGCGUUUGGCAAAGCCCGUUGAUGGGAUGAACGAUCUGCUGAAUAUUGCGACUGUGGCGACUAGUGGCAAUGUGGCUAUGGGCCAGGUGAUAGCUAAGUCGUUCGACAAACUCGGCCGCCAUGCUGCUAUCGUGUUGGAGGACAACCCCGCCCUUGAGGACACGCUGGAGUUCACAGAAGGGUAUACCUUCGAAAGAGGCUAUUCUUCGCCGUACUUCCUCGUCGGAGAGGACCGCGACAUUAUUGAGUGGCAGAGUCCGUCUAUUCUGGUGUGCGACUAUAAGAUAGAGACAGCUCAAAGCAUCCUCCCCAUCUUGGAACACUUCGUGCGCACAAAGGCGCCGCUUGUGCUUAUUGCGGAAGACUUCGGUCCCGAAGUUUUACAGACGUGCAUCAUAAACCGGAUGCGUCAACUGCUCAAAGUGGUGACGAUACGCGCACCAUCAUUCGGAGAGCGGCGUAAAGAAUACCUGCGAGAUAUUGCCGUCGCGACUAAUGCGCAGCUAAUUUCAAGAGAUCUGGGCUUACCACUGGAAGAUGCCACUGCGACCCAUGUUGGUAACGCUGCAAGCAUCGUCGUUCGAAAAGAUCGCACGUCGAUUCUUACAAGGCCAGAGUAUCAACCAAGUAUAAAGGACAGGGUUGCCCAGUUGCAAAAGGAGCUCGAGGUGUCGACGUCGAAGUUCGAUCGGGAGAAGCUGGGUGAAAGGAUUGCAGCUCUGUCCGGCGGUAUUGCCCGUAUAAUGAUCGGUGCGUCGACAGAAACCGAACAGAAGGAGAAGAGGCUUCGGUAUGAGGACUCGAUCAACGCCGUACGUGCAGCCCUCGAAACUGGCUACGUUCCCGGCGGGGGUGUUACGUACCUGGCCCUUUCCACGGACGAAUUUUACAACAAAAUAGUUGCGGAUAUCGAGGCGGCAGCCAAAGCUGAGAUGACAUGCGACGGAGACGACCCAGUUGGUGCAGCAGCGGAAGUUGUUGACGAGAUGGAAGGAGAAAUCGAGCUGCAAAAAGCAGGCGCGAAGAUCGUCGUUGAUUCCAUGAAGUCAAUCACCAAACAAAUAGCGGACAACGCGGGCGUGAAUGGAAACAAGGUAGUCCGAGCAAUUCUGACGUCAGGGAAACCGUUUGGCUUUGGAUGGAAUGCAAAGACGAACAAAUUCGGGGAUAUGAUCAGCCAAGGUGUUAUCGAUCCGGCAAAAGUCAUCAUCUCUGCCAUUGAGCAUUCAACGUCGGUUGCAGGUCUUGUCUUGACCACCGAAGGCAUGAUGGUUGAGGAGGAGGAGCCAGAGAAGCAUUCACGUGAUGUACCAGACAUGCCAAUGGCAUGAUGUUCAAAUACCGCAGUUAACGAGAUUGUCCUGCCUGACAGGGCUUUUUUGUAUGCUUAUGAGGUGCAGCUGAAAGGUUCGUUUUCAUCGAAUGUAAAUCUCGAUCCCGGACACCUGACAGGUGUGUGUCAUUUCUGCUGCGAAAAGGAAAGAAUGACUGAGGUGACUCACUCCCCAAGAUUGAUCGAAGGGAUCAUCUUCUUGUAUCUGAAUAGUUUUUGAACUUCACUUUCGUCCCCGGGCUCUACCUAACUUGCCGCUUACCGUGCUCCCCAAGCCUACAGUUACAUAUUCUUGACUGUGCAACACAGCAACAUCAAUCGGUGCUGCAAAUUUCCCUUCUCCAACAGCUCCUACGAAGAAUUCGGACGUAACCUGACUGCACAACGUCAUGUGACGCGUCAUCUAACCUCCACAGACAUUUACGGCCUCCUGUUCCAUGUCCUGCGAAUGGCUGAUGGGUCGUUUCAUCCUCUGUAGAAAACCAAAUACACACAGGUUUGGUGUGCUUUACCGCUCUGCCCAAACGUGAGUGAGCUGUCCAUGUUCGCCUGGUCAGGAGGUUGCUGAUGUAAAUCCGCUGGACCAACGCAAAACGGUAAGGAUACAUUACC